UACAUAACACCCAUUUUUAGCAAUCGGUUAAAAAUUCCUUGCUGUUCUUAAAAAAAUGCUGGCAUACGUAAGCGGCUUGCAGUGUGACGUAUCAAUUUCCGAUUUGCUUCAAUAUCGUACGAUACCACGUUGGCACACCGGUUCGCAUUUUACACCCAGAGACCAGUUUCGGUCUGUCAGCCGGCCGGUGAACACGUCAGGUCCCGUCCCGCUGUCGCCCGCUCCCGCCAAAAUUACGCUAAACUUUCGAAACUUUAAUACAAAAUAAUUGAAUGAAAGUUGUAUUUUUUACCGAAGAAUUUAGCCCAGAAAUACCUUUUAUGAACUUCAGUUUUUGUGAAAGUGCAUUUUGUGGAUUUUUAAAUUUUUAUUUUUGGUUUUUUAAAUCUGGAUGUAAGUGAUUGUGAAUGGAUAUUGUGUAACACUGGACAGGUUAAAAAUGGAGCUCAAAUCACCGAAAGCUAAGAAAAAGUCGAGCAUAGCAAAACUUAUUUCGUGGGGCAGAAUGUUCAAAACGCCUUUGCUUAUUCUUUUUUUAUUAGGCACAACAAACUGUGAGCGCGAAAGUGAAGUUACCGAACUAGAUUCUAAUUUCAAAAUGCAAAGUUUCGACGGCGGCCAUCUUAGGCACAAGCAUCGAAAUGACACUGAGAAAAACAAAAUAAGUGAAAUUAAAUAUUUACGGCGGCAUUUGAAUAGAGAUAUUGUUAAUUUCGUGAUGACUGACGUUCUCGUUGAUGGCGAAGUGGAAAACAGAGUGCAUUACAAUGGCGUCACAGCGAAAGAGACUUACGUCGGCGCGGACGGAGUGGGGUUAAAACUCCGUCAGCUGACGGACGGCCGCCAUCUUGUGCAAGUGAUUUACAACCAAAAUGGCGCCAUACAAGACUGCGAAUACGUAACGCAAGGCAAAUCCGCCAGAAACUUCCUAAAAACAUUAAGAAAAGAAUUAAAAUUAGCUUUAGACGAAGAAAUAUACAGAAUAGUUAAUAAUCAACCAAAAAAUAUGGAAAACGAAAAGUUUUUCCGCCAUUUUGGUAAUGUUAGUUUUCGAAUAUUGAAUAAUGGCGAGCGAUUACCGCCAGAUAUUUCAAGUUGGCUGGACUAUGAUAAUUUGAAAAUGGAAUGCUUAAAGAGGCAUAAGGAACUGCAGUUUAUGAUGGAAAAUAAAAAUAAAGUUGGAGAGACCUCUCUGGCUAGGUCCCGAAGAUCGUUCAGGGAGAAUUUCAUAGUGCCCGGAACGAAAUGGUGUGGCGCUGGGCACGUCGCCGCGAAAUACGGGGAACUUGGGCUCGACGCCGCCGAGGAUCGGUGCUGCCGCUCCCACGAUCACUGCAGACUGAACAUAGGGAUGUUCAAACGAAGAUUUGGGUACUUCAAUUAUAGGCCGUAUACUAUUUCCCAUUGCCGAUGCGAUAGGAGAUCGAAACGCGACACUAUGGAGUUACUCCGCGUGCCCGGUACGAAGUGGUGCGGCAAGGGUUAUUCCGCAACCAGGUACUCUCAGCUCGGCGGCCACACGAGGACUGACCGCUGCUGCAGAGUCCACGACCUUCGCUGCCCAUUCUGGAUCGGAGGCAUGGAGAAGAAAUACGGCAUUUUCAAUUGGCGAGUCAACACACUCAUGCACUGCCGGUGCGAUGAAAGAUUCCGUGCAUGCCUCAAACUGGCUGAUACAUCAGUUUCCAAUAUGGUGGGCAAGCUCUUCUUCAACGUUGUCCAAACUAAAUGCUUCAUCCUAAAACCAGUCAAAAUGUGCACGCAACGGUCUUGGUGGGGUAAAUGCCUCCGAAGAGGUUACACUAAACAAGCCUUCUUAAGAGACAACCUACCUUAUUAGGCUGAAAGCGCAAUACCUUUGCCUAAUCCGGCUGACGGGUAAAAUUAAAAAAUGCAUUGACAGAUGACAGAUGCGUUUUGUCAGUGUUG